AUGGAGGCCAAGAAACGUGGAGGCUUUUCGGUGGUCUCAGACCGAGCUGCAUCUGAUCUAGAAGCUUUCGAGUGGAACUCAACGAUGGAUCUGUUGGCAUGCCUCACUGCUGCGCCUGAUUCCACAAUGAGUAUCUAUCGACUUCUUUCUGAAGAUCAGAGUCCAAAGCUCCUUUCCGAGAAGAUCACAGGAGUGGGAAGCUCUCUAGCUUGGUCACCCUGUGGUCGUCGUGUGGCUGUAGGCGACAGGCUGGGAGGCAUCACCCUCUUUGAUGGAGAAACGGGUUCGGUGCUGCAUUCCCGUCGAUCACAUUCUGCUCCUGUGACAGCCCUGUGUUGGGUGGAUGGCCAUUAUGCCUACGAGGAACCUGCUUGGUCGGGAAUGCUGCCACCUCUUCUGACGGUACCAAGUGCACCUAGCAACAUGUUCGCGGAGACACCAUCCAGAGAGGAUUUGAACUCUUCCAAGUUCAGCAUCCUCGCCUCGGUUGACGAAGUUGGGCAUGUGGUUCUGGCUGCUGGCGGCACUUUUCCACUGCAGGUGAAAGACAUCUUUGAAGAUCAGCAUCAACUACAGUCACGCUGUCGCAAUCCCAUGGCGCUGCACUUGUCUCCGGAUCUUCGGUGUUUGGCGGUUCUGCUGGGGCCAGGAUCACCCUCGAUGGCUACGCCAGAUGUCAGGAGCCCUCCAUCACAAGCUUCGGUGAAUUCACCGGAAGGCGGUUCACCCAAAAAGUCUCCCAGCAGUGAUUUGGCCGUGGUGGUCUGGGACGUGAGGAGAUUGGCGAUUCGCAGAAAGGAGCUGGCACAGUGUUCUGCUAUGGCUGAACGCCUCUGUGGGGUUGCCAGCUAUACUCAGCAGGCAGUAGACACCUUGGGCACGGUUUGGCGCAGCUCAGCCAGUGGCUUUGUGAACAAAAUCAGGGCCCUGACAGAGUGCAUUGAGGCAUAUUCCGGAGCAGGCUCACGAGCCAUGGCCGUUCACUCCGAACUGCUCUUCACGCUUUGCACAGGCAACCCUUCAGACCCAGUUCAUGCCUUUUUAACAAGGCAAUCCACUCCGCAGCAGUUAUCCAGGCUCGAGAAGAGCUUGAUGCAAGCGCUGGACUAUGUGAAUUUGGUGACUUGCUCUCACUUGCAGGUGGCAGUGCAGCACAUGUUGACCAUUCUACAGGAGCUCAAGGUGUGUGCCGGAUGGGAUCGCUUCACAUCCAUUGGCUUGGAUUCCGCAUUGAUCAGCCAAUUGGAAGAACAAGUGAUGAGAUUUGCUGCGCUCACGGAACAGUUGUUGUUGGACUCUUCCUACGCUCGUCGCUUUGCGCGAACUGUCUUUCACCUGCUCCUCUAUCAGGCGCAGAAGUUGUCGGAGGGAGCAACUCCGGACAACACCACUGGUACACCAUCUUCCAGGUUGGACCCAGCACAUUGUACAGCGCCCAACCCCAGUGACGUGGAAGAUUUCGUGGCGCGUCAGCAGUCACUGGAAUUAAAGGAGGUGACUUCUCGAAUCGGAAGCAGAGCAAAGGCCUCUGACGCUGAAGAGGAAGUGGAGGCUUCACUGGCUUUCCAAGUGGCUCAAUUGGUGUCUCUAGUGAAAGGCCUUGGUCAAGGGAUUUCUUCCGAGAUGGCCCGACACUCUGCGCCACUGAUGUGUGAGUCCUUCUCUGCCCCAUCACCGUGGCAUUGCGUGGCCUCCCCCGAACUCCGGGCCGUGGCGAGCGCAGAUGCUGCCUCCUUGGUGCCGAGUCCGAGGGGGAUUGGAUUGCCCAGAGUUCACAUGGCAUGGGAGGAUCUUUCUACCAACCAGGGGAAGGGCCUGAAAGAAACCUUGCCCGAGCAGCUUCUGAUCCUUUGGUGCGGAGGGUCACCAGAGGCACAGCUCCACUUGGCGCGGAUCCAUUUGCCCGUGGGAGCACCUGGGGCUGCCAUCCAGCCCCAGUCACAACUGGCAACUUUGAAGGUGAACUCUCUUGGCAGUGGGCACUUCAUGCUGUCUCGCAGCUACGAUGCAUCGCAUGUAGCAGCACUGAUCCUGGAAGAAGGUGAGUCAAAGCAACCCACCGCCACAGUGUGUUUGUUGGACAUCUCCGCCUUGGAGUUUCAUCCACCUGGUGAGGAGGUGCCCAUGGUCUUGAACCAGCUACCACAGGAUGCACUACGACAAAGUGCGGCUCUACCUGAGAGUUACCUCUGGGCUUCCUCCAUGCGAGUGAUGAGUCACCGUGGCGUGUGUUCCAUCUAUUCCUGGCGGAAGCGACGCCUACUGACGCUGGAUCUUGAGGAUGAGGAUGAUGCGGAAGACGAUGACAUGGCUCUUGAGAGUUGUGACUUGGAACACUUGGAACACACGGAGCCACAAGUUCAGCCAGCUGAGCCGUCUCCAAAGACACAAGUUCAGCCAGCUGAGCCGUCUCCAAAGACACAAGUUCAGCCAGCUGAGCCGUCUCUAUGGACCCCUGAGCCAUCUCUAUGGACCCCUGACGGCCCGACGCAAAGGGGGGUGUGGUGCAACAAGCAUCUGGAAGUGGGCGAAGAGGUGCGCAAGGCAUGGAAGGAGAAGGCCAUGGCAAGGGUGGAGAAGAUCAAGGAUGAGACCGUGAGAAAAGAAGCAUUAGCGCAAGUUGAAGCCCGUGAAUGCCACCUACUUGAACGCUUCAGGGUUGCUUUUCCUAUUCAAAUGCAUACGUAUGGUCCUCCUCAGCCAUUUGGAUUUCGUUUUGGCGAUGUGGUUUUCAAGAGAGAGGGCGACGUGCUGCCAGCGGAGGUGCAGUCGCACGUUGAGGAUUAUUUCAACUUUCUGCGAGAGACGCAGCAGACUUGGCAGCACAUCACGACCAGGGAAGCAGGAUGCACCUUAACCGAGGCACCACAGAGGCUGCUCCUGUUUUCACAGACUGACCUCACCGGUGCCGAUCUUUGCAACCUUGAAAUGCCCGGAGGAUGCUUCUGCAAGCAGUUGCAGGGAGUCGACCUUUCCGGGGCAAACCUCCGGGGGGCAAAGUUGAACAAUUGCAAGCUUCAGGGAGCCGACCUCUGUGCAGCGAGUCUCCAAGGGGCAAACCUCCAGUGUGCCCAGAUGCAGGGAGCCACUCUCCAGAACGCUUGUCUCCAAGGAGCUGUUCUGCACGAAGCUGACCUUACAAAUGCCGAUCUGAGCAGGGCUAACCUGACGGGCGCAGAUCUGGAAGGUGUGAAAUGGGAAAAAGAACAUCCGCCCAAAGGGCCUGCGAGAUGCGACCCAUUAGACGAAGUGAAGUUCCCAAAACGGAAGGGUCGCAUCAGCUUCGCACAGGCCUGGAUGCACUUCUUGAAGAAGUUGAAUCCCUGGGCGGAUGAAGACGAGGAAGAAGAAGAUGGAGGCGACGAGAGCGAGGAAGAGGACGAGGACGAGGAAGAGGAUGGUACAGUGGAGGAUGAAGCUGGGGGUGAAAAACCUGCAGUCGGUGAAGGCGACGGAAGCAAUGAAUGCUGCAUACCCCUCCUGGACUGCGGGAGUGACAUUGCAAAGGACAUUCAGAGCGAGGUGCAGGUGGAAGUCAAGAAGGCCUUCGACACUGUUGCAGAGGUCGUGGACGCGCGCCUGGACCAGGCAGUCAGGCAGGCCACGCAGCGGUUGGAGCUGCUGAUGAAGAAGUUGGAUGCGGCCGCCAAGCCCCAGGUGAAAGUGUUGAAGACCAUGGUAGCGCAAAUGCAAGGUGACGCCUUUAAAAAACUGGGUCGGGAGAAGCAGAACCAGUUGAUCGAUGCUGUCAAGCUCUUGUCAAGACUCCCAACAGUGAAGAAAGGCUUGAAGAAGUUCAACGAGCAGGUUGAUGAGUUUAGGAGGAAAGUCGAUGAGGUCGAAGGAAUUGGUCUGUCUCGCGUGCUAACCAAAUUGACGAACUUGCAACUGCAAAGAGCCACUGGAUACUCUUCAGGAGAUUUUUUGGCGUUCCUGAAAUGCUCGCCGAAACAGAUGGCCAAUGACACACGCGAACUUGAGGACAUCACCAAUUACCUGGAGAAACUCCAAGAGACCGUGAACGUUAACAACUGGGACGACAUUGUGGACAAUUUCAUGUGCCUGUAUGAUUUGCACACGCAGCUUAAAGGUGAGCGCAGCCGUGCAAUUUUUCUGAGCAUUUGGAAGGAUUCGAAGCUCCGACAAUCAAUAGCAGUGGCAGACAAGUUUCAGAAAGCGGUGAAUGUGAAUGAUCCACCGGCAUUCAUCAUUCACGAAGUCAAAAAUGCGGUGGGCCACGUAAAGAAGAACGCCACUGCUUGGAAGAUUGCCAUGAAGAAGGAGGUGGCCGCCAUUGAUCUCAUCAAAGCACGGCAACAGGCCUUUUUUCAGUUCCUGAUCUCCUGCAUCUCAGGAGUGUUCGUCUUCCUUGCCACGCUCUUCUCUGGGCUGGUCUUGGACGCAAUGGAAGCGGGCAAGGUUAAUGUGCCUUUGUUGUCCGAUCUUUUAAAUUCCACCGCGUUCUGAAAAUCGCUGAUGCGGUGAGCAUACUAGAUAGGUUGUGAGAGCACUAUGGGCUUUGCGAACAGGAAAU